AUGGCCAUCAAUAAACUGCCAUUACACAUCUGCAAUUCUAUAAAGCAGUAUUGGUCGACGAGAAGGAUCACAGUGCAACGAAAAUUCAAAUUCCAAACUCAGGAGAGAUGUACAUUAGUGAUACUAUUAGUGUUACUGCUAAGUGUGAACUCGAGCGGAAAUAAUUUUAGUGGUGGUAGAAAUUCAAUGUUACGGACCAGAAUUAUAGGUACAAGAUACGGUAAAUUGCAAGGUGUGAUACUACCGAUGGAUCAACAUAAGUAUUUAAAGCCAGUAGAAGCGUAUUUAGGUGUUCCAUACGCGACACCACCUACAGGAUCAAAUAGAUUUGCCCCAACUCGGGCGCCAGCACCGUGGGACGAUGUAAAGACUGUCGACCAAAUGGGACCAGUGUGUCCUCAACGAUUGCCAGAUAUCUCGAAUGAGACUAUUACUCUUGAAAGAAUGCCAAAAGGAAGACUCGAGUACUUGAGGCGAUUAUUGCCUAGAUUAAAAAAUCAAAGCGAAGACUGCCUAUAUAUGAAUAUUUAUACACCAGUUCAAGUUGGCCCGACUCUUCAAGCGAAAUAUCCAGUGGUGAUAUUCAUCCACGGCGAAUCGUUCGAGUGGAAUUCGGGCAACGUGUACGAUGGCGCCGUUCUGGCGAGCUAUGCGGGCCUUGUGGUCAUCACGAUCAACUACCGCCUCGGGAUAUUGGGUUUCCUAAAUGCAAAUCCUAUACCGCAUUUGAAAGCAAGAGUAGCGAAUUACGGUCUAAUGGAUCAAAUAGCGGCCUUACAUUGGGUUCAGCAGAACAUUGCUUUAUUCGGUGGAGAUCCUGCCAAUGUAACUAUGCUCGGACAUGGUUCUGGUGCUGCUUGUAUUAAUUUCUUAAUGAUUUCACCCACUGUUAUGCCUGGUCUAUUCCAUAGAGCAAUCCUAUUAUCAGGUUCAGCCCUAAGCUCAUGGGCACUAGUAGAAGAUCCUGUUAGUUAUUCCGUCCAACUAGCCAAGCAGUCUAAUUGCACACUUCCUGAAGAUAUCGUUAAAGACCACGAACUUAUUGUAGACUGCCUUAGAGAAGUACCACUUCAAGAACUAAUGUCCGCAGAAAUCAGUACACCCAGCUACCUAACCGCGUUCGGUCCGUCAGUAGAUGGUGUUGUAGUUAAGACAGAUUAUGCGAAAGAACUGUUAACAUUCUUCAUACCGAACGAUCUUCAAGGAUUCACCAGCGUAUCCGGUGUCAACAACAUCAAAGCAGACAAAAGGAACGGAGAUAGGAUUUUCGGGAUAAGAGGCGGACAAAAUAAAUAUGAUCUCCUAUUCGGAGUGGUAACGAGUGAAGCUCUCUGGAAAUUCUCGGCUCAAGACAUACAAAACGGUUUCGAGGGCGAGAGGCGGGACAGAAUAAUAAGGACAUAUGUUCGAAACGCCUACACAUAUCAUUUGAGCGAAAUAUUUUUCACAAUAGUCAAUGAAUAUACAGACUGGGAGAGGACAGUUCAGCAUCCAAUCAAUACACGAGAUGCGGCAGUACUGGCGUUAUCCGAUGCACAGUAUGUAGCUCCUCUGGUACAAACCGGUGAUUUUCUGAGCGUCAGCAAAAGUUCCGUAGGAACCGGCCCGAAUACCUUCUUUUAUGUAUUCGAUUACCAAACAAAAGACGGAGACUAUCCUCAACGCAUGGGUUCGGUCCAUGGAGAAGAACUGCCGUAUCUAUUUGGAGCACCACUGGUUGAAGGUCUUGGUCAUUUCCCGAAGAAUUACACAAAAUCUGAAAUCGCAUUAUCGGAAGCUUUCAUUCUUUACGUAGCGAACUUCGUGAGAACCGGGAACCCGAAUGAAGCUCAAAGGCAAGAGGCCGUAUUACCAAUAUCAAGAGAACGUAACAAAUUCAAGAGUAUUUUCUGGGACGAAUAUGACACACUACAUCAGAAGUAUUUGGAAAUUGGAAUGAAGCCUCGCAUGAAAAACCAUUACCGAGCUCACCAGCUGUCGGUGUGGCUGCGGCUAAUCCCGGAAAUCCAUCGGGCCGGGAUGAAGGACGUUGUCGCGAAACACAACCUAUUUCGCAACCACAACGACCCGGAAUUGUACGAUGGCUUAGUCCGCCCCGAUCCGCUCACCCGGGCGAACUACUACGAUCCUACGUUGGAGCUUUACCGUCGACCGUACAAUAUCAGCCUAGACAUAGCGUCGACUACUACAGAGACCUACGUAACGACUUGCAUCAGCGUCAUGUCACCCCGACCCGACUCACUUGUCACUCAAAGUCAGACGAACAGUUCUCAUUCUCAAGACGUUUCCAAUUUAGAGGUCGCCGGGUACACGGCGUACUCGACAGCCCUUAGUGUCACAAUAGCAAUUGGAUGUUCCCUAUUAAUCUUGAAUGUACUGAUAUUCGCCGGGGUUUACUACCAACGGGAUAAGACUAGAUUGCAAGUAAAAGCUUUACAGCAGCAAAAGAGAAAUCACAACGCUACAUUCGAUAGUGUUUCGUCGAAACAUCCACAUUAUUUCGUCGGACAUUCGCAAAGUUCGAGUACGAUCGUCGACAUCGAUCAUCAAGAUAAAAACGCGAUUAUCGCUAUGACAAACCGCGUGCCUCAUUUCACGAGUUCGAACUGUCCGAACGUCUGUCACACGGGUAUUCAAAUGUCGAAUUUAAUGCAGAAAUCUAGUCCGACAAAUAGGGGUCAAUGUACGACGUUACCGCGAAAAGUUGGGUUCAGCUAUCAGAAUCAAAUAUGUAACGCGUCGAAUUGUAUGACGCUGCCGAAGAAUGCCACUUUUGUGAGUAGUAGCAACUUGCCUGAUGUCCAGGCACAGACGGGUCAGACACAAACCCCAGGGAACGGUUCGGUACCAUCGUCGUCUCCACCGUCUCAGCACUUCUCCCAAAAAUCACGAGUCCCUCAAGCGGCAAUGUCGGAAAUGAAUGUAUGA